UUCUGGGCUACAAAAUCAAAAAUUUGUAUUGAAAUUACAAAAUACACUUUAGUUUAUGAUUUAAUUUGCACUCAAGCCAAUUUAAGAUCAAACAGUUGUACUCCAGUACAAUUAAUUCCCUAUUAGGGUGAUGGUAAUAUGAGAUUCCUUGCAAAUAUUACAGGCCAAAGCAUUCUUCAUGGCUUCAACCCGGCACCACUGACUUGGCACAUGGAUUCUUUUCUUUCAUGCCAAAGUUUAACCUAUGUAACAAUUUAUUCUUAGUCCAUUCUAGCUUAAUGUUAUAAUCCUUGAAAAUUUCAGCUUUGACAUUGUCAUAAUCUGAAAUUACCAAAUGACUUCUGCUGUCAAUUUCUCAGGCCUAAUACCACAAAACACCCUCUGCUUCAAUGCAAGGGCUAGGCUCAUGCCUACCUUCAUGGCCUUUAGACGAUCAUCUGCUUCCUUGCAGAAAUUCGCGAAGAAAGAGCAGCAUGGUUUCUGUUUGAGAAAACAGACACAGAACGAACCAUUGAACUACCGGGGACUCGAGUUAAUCACGCAAUCAGCAGCAGAUGGUGAUGACAUUGUACUGAAUCACUUUUCUUCAGCAAGUAUGAUAAACAAGUUUUACACGUGUAUCAAUGAGAAAAACUUGAAGAAAUUAGAAGAAUACAUUUCCGACGAUUGUUGCUUCGAGGACUGCUCCUUUGUUUCUACAAUACAAGGAAAAAAGGAAGUUAUGCAUUUCUAUCGACAGCUUACCACAGGAAUGGGACAGAAUGUGAAAUUCAGAAUUGAACAUGUCUGUCAAGAUGACGAAUUCACAGCAGGAGUAAAUUGGCACUUAGAAUGGAAAAACACACUGAUACCAUGCACUAGAGGAUGCAGCUUUUACGAAUGCGCACUAGAAGGCGAUAGACUAGUCAUCAAGAAAGCUCGGGUUGUAACUGAAUCGCCAAUCAAACCAGGCGGCUUAGCACUGACAUUGUUGAAAAACGUGACUGCAAUAUUCGACGAUUUCCCAAAGUUUGCAGAAUGGUUCUUAAAGAGUCCUUAUGUCAUAAUACAGUUCCUAGCAAAGAUUUACACUAGAUUUUUGGCACCUUUUAUCAAUCCACUCCUUAAAAGCUACAUCAGAAUUUGGAAUUUCAUGACUCAAAUGUUCACCUUAGCACUCAGCAUGCUACUCUACAUAUCAAAGAAAUACUUUCAGUAAAAAAGACACUCACAGAGACUCUUAUGUACAUAAAACAUGGAUGGCAGAAGAGCAUACAUCUCUACAUCAGCAGUUAUUCAUCAUCACCACCUUCGCGGCUCGACCAUGUUUCGAAAAACGAUAGGGCAAGCAGAGGUCCGACAACCGGUGGGAGCGGCGGAGGUCUGCUGAAAGCAACUAUAGGAUCAGUUUUCUCAUUCAAUCCUCUUCCUCCUUUGUAUUCGUUUUCCUGUUUCCUUGGAGUUACAGUAGCCAUAGUACCUGGAUUCAUGAGCAUACCAUUGUUAGAACUUAGAAUGUUGCUGAAUUUAUAAAAUUAGAAAAACAACAGCAAGAAAUUUGAUAAUUAAUUACCCCAUGAUCUUGUAACAGGGUACAGUAAUUGUCUGAAAUUGUACUUCACAGGUAAUAAUACAGAUAUUCCCCGCA